AUGUCUGACAUGCAGACAGCUCUCCGUGUAGCGCGAUCCAGAUGCUCGGGAAGUGGAAUACCAGAACCAUGGACCAAGGCCAACCCCACUCCCGACUCAGGAUCAAGAUACGAUAAGCCAAUCGCCGCAGCGCAAGAAGACGGACUACCCAAGAUCGAUAUAUCCGCCUUCCUGGAUGCAAAUUCCACCCCAGAAGCACGCUCAACAACUGCAAAAGCAAUCAACGCCGCAUGCAUAAACUAUGGUUUUUUCUAUCUCACCGGCCACGGUAUACCAACGUCAAAGCUUGACGAAAUCAUCAGCCUAGCCCGUGGAUUCUUUGCCCUACCACUGGAAGAGAAAAACAAGAUCAAACGCUUUGACGCUGGAAGUCCAGAGGGAGGCGAUGGCGCACGCGGGUACCAGGGCCUGGGGGAGAAUGUAACAGGUGGACUGCAAGACAUGCAAGAAGCCAUCGACUGGUACCGCGACUGGCCUGCAGACAAAAGAGAGCCAGGAGACGGGGGGGCCAGUAGUGUGAAGAGUCUACAGGGUGUUAAUCUAUGGCCUGAGAAACCCGAGGCGCUCAAGCCUGUGUAUCUGGAGUACAUCGAACAAGUCAAGAAGGUGGGCGAGGCACUCGUACAUGCCAUGGGUGUGGCAUUGGAUCUAGGGCCACCUGUCAAAGACACAAGUAAAGAUUUGGAAGACGAAGAGGUAUUCGUGAGGAAUUGCGAUGAGUCGUUUUGGGUCAUGCGUAUGAUAGGGUAUCCGCCCUUGACGACACCACAUACACCCGGUGCAGAUAUCUCACAGUUCUCCUGCGGCGCACAUACAGAUUACGGAUGUGUCACCCUACUCCUAACUGAUCCUACGCCCGGGGCCCUCCAGGUGCAGCUCAAAGACGGGACGUGGCUUAACGCAGAUCCGAUACCCGGGGCCUUUGUGGUGAAUAUUGGGGAUAUGAUUGAGCGGUGGACGAAUGGGCUGUGGAAGAGUACAAUGCAUAGGGUCAUUCAUAGGGGCCAGCAGUAUAGGAUUAGUGUGCCGUUUUUCUACGAGCCCAACUUUGAUGCCCUGGUUAGGCCGCUGGAGAAGUGUGUGAGGGAGACUGGGGGAAAGCCGAUACAUAAGGGGAGUACGUAUGGGGAGCAUCUUUUGACAAAGGUGUUUAGCAAUUUUUACUAUAGUAAGAGGACGGACUGGUAG